CUCGUAUCGUCUUCAACCGCAACGAGUCGGCAAGCGAGUUCUUGCAAAGUCACAUAGCAAGCGAGAGAGAGAGAACAGGUGGAGAUCAGUUUCAGCUCCGGAGAAGACAAGAUGAACACCGAUAUUACAGCCUCGACCAAGCCAGAGUACCCAGUAAUAGAUCGGAACCCUCCAUUCACUAAAGUCGUCGGCAAUUUCGACACUCUCGAUUACCUCCGUUUCGUCACCAUCACCGGCGUUUCCGUCACCGUCGGUUAUCUUUCCGGGAUUAAACCCGGGAUUAGGGGCCCGUCAAUGGUGACCGGUGGUCUAAUUGGCCUGAUGGGAGGCUUCAUGUACGCUUAUCAGAACUCGGCGGGUCGGCUUAUGGGAUUCUUCCCCAAUGACGGCGAGGUAGCUCGUUAUAAGAAAUAAGAUUGUGCGUUUUAGGGUUUUUUUUUUCUUCAUCAUUUUUGCUUUGUUUUUUCUGAAUUUCGAGUUCGUGGACAUUUUUACGAUGUUCCAGUUAUUAAACGUGCAACCGGGUUGUAUCAAUAAGCAAAUUGAAUCGUCACUUUUUCUGUGUUGCCCAUUUUUCGUCUAAAUCAUUCAGUUGAAGACUUUACAUGAUUUCUUUGCUUUUGAUCGAUAAACAAAGGUGACCCAUUAAGGGGUUUGAAGGAAU